AUGUCACCAUAUCAAUUGGUUUUUGGAAAAGCAUGUCACUUGCCAGUUGAACUGGAGCGUAAAGCAAUGUGGGUAAUUAAGCAAGUGAACAUGGACUAUGAAGUUGUUGGAAAGAAAAGGCUAUUGGAUAUCACUGAACUAAAGGAAAUUAGACUGAAAUUGCACCCGGGUAAAUUGCGCUCACGUUGGUCUGGACUUUCGAAGUUGUCGAAGUAUUUCCUCUUGAACAUUGUCAUUGUACUUGAGUUUGUGGGUGCAACUACUGAUAAUAUGGAGGAAGAUAGAGUUAGACUGGCGGAAGUUGCAGAGGAAGCAAUUGAUGAUGCCGGGGUAGAGCCUAAACCUGAAGAGUGA